GUACCCAGUUCUCACUAGAUAGUCCAUAUCAGCACUACUACUUUCCACCAGUGAAGAAAAAGAUCGAACUUAUCAGAUCUUUGGGAAAAUGGCGCCUGGUGUUUCCAGUUGUCAUUAUCAAGAAACUCCUCAUUCCAUCUCCUUCUCUGGAUCUGGAUUUCUGGCCACCUACCAGUUAGGGGUGGCCCAGUGCUUUCUAAAUCAUGCGCCCUGGAUACUACGCAAUGCACCAUCCGUGCUUGGCGCAUCUGCUGGAUCUCUGGUAGCAGCUGCUGUGGUGUGUGAAAUUAACCUGAUUACCAUGCGGGAUGAGAUCAUUCAUUUUGCCAAACAGGUGAAGGCUUCUACACUUGGACCGUUGAACCCCUCAGUCAAUAUUUUCCACUGGUUAGAGUGUAUUGUGAACAAAUAUCUUCCCCAUGAUGCUCACCAACUGGCCGGUGGUCGUCUGGCCAUCGCUAUGACCCGCCUGACUGAUGGCAAGCACGUUGUCAUGUCUGAGUUCCACUCCAAGGAAGAUAUAGUACAAGCUUUGCUCUGCAGCUGCUAUGUGCCUGGAUACUGUGGUUUUCUGCCUCCAUCCUUCAAAGGAGUACGUUAUUUGGAUGGAGGCUUUACCGGCAUGCAGCCUGUGAUGACUGUAUCCCCCUGGAACACACUGACGGUGUGUCCAUUCUCUGGAGAGACUGACAUCUGCCCGACUGACACACCUUGCAUGUGGGACGUGGUAACAAGUGGGAGCGUUCUCAAAGGCAACAUGGCAAACAGCUUAAGGGUCAUCAAUGCCCUUUUCCCUGUGGCUGUGGAGGCUCUGGAACAAGCCUUCCACGGUGGCUACAAAGAUGCCAUUAAUUUCCUUCUGAGCAGUGGUGUGUCCCCAGGGCCGCUUAGCUUUAAGCACAGUAAUGAAUGGAUGCACCUGGAGGCCCCCAAAAAGCACGAAGAGGAGACCAUGGUGGAAAAGACGGCCAUCAGUCUGACAUCGUUUACAGGCAACACUUCCAAGUCUACGGAGCAGGAACCCACAAGAUAUCCUCUCCUUUUUGACGUGAUACAGAAUGGUCUGCUGAUUAAUAUGGUGACUUAUCUAAACAUGGUUGGGCUCCCUGCGAGAGUCUUGUCCUACCUGCUUCUACCUCUCACGCUGCUGUUCAGUGUUGUACUCCAGAGUAGGCACAGACUGCAGCUGCUGUUCAGGCAGCCGCCUGAGUUGAUUGGCUGGACUUGGCACAGCAUCAGACUUUUUACCUUAUUCUUUCUCACUGUGGUUGUCUGUACCCUCAAGAAGAACAUAAAGGACAGGGUCAUGCCCGGCAUCCUGAUGUUGCAGUGGCUGUCGACACAAUUUGAGGCUGCAGGAGGUCAGAAGCACCCAUCACCUCAAAACAAGCUUUCCUCACAUUCAGAAGAUGUCAGGAGCGGGAGCCUGCAAAGACUAAUAAACUCUCUAUUUCCAGAUUACAAGAAUCCAAAGUUACAAUUUAUGUCGAAAGCUGACCAACCGGAAUUGUAAACACUGUUUGUACAGCUGGUCACAUGUAUAGUGUGAAAUAUCUAAGCUUUUAUGAGUGUACAUUUCCACUGACUGCACUGAAAAAUUGAAAGGAGUUUACAGUAUACAAAGAGGGCUUAUUUUAUGUAAGCUUGUUAUGUUGUGCAGACCUCCACUGAGACCCACUUCUAGCAGGAAAGGUUCUUAUACAGUCAACAUUAUACUGAAUGUAUGGCUGAGUAGUUAAAGACUAGUUAUAGAGACCGGUCUGAAGUCUGAAGGUGGCACAAGGUAUAAAGACAUUGAAGGUGAAAGCUGGACCUGACGUGGUGCUAUUUGUAAUUUGUUGUUUAACUUGUAUGUUUAUUAACUCCUAUAACUGCUGACUUAUCAUAAGCUCACUGUAUAUUGUACAACGAUAUAACUAUAAUCUUUAAAUACCUUCUAUGCUAUGUCCAAUAGACAGUAUAAUCAGCACUAAUAAUCUUUCAUAUAUUGUUGUGUCUGUUGCUAAAACGCAAAAAGGGCUUAGCUCUGUGGUACACUUUCAUGCUUUGACAUUUUCAGCAUAAGCUUUUGAACAUUCGCUUUAACUUGGCAUGACGAUUCACACGUGUCGUAACAUAUUUUAACCAGGUUCAAAGUGUUUUGAAUAUCUUUUGUGACUACAAAUCAAUAAAUAAUGCUGCUCUGA